AGGAAAUCCCUUGGUUCCUGGACCUCUCCUGAGAUUCACUGGCAAUGCUUUGUAUUAAAAUGUUGGCUGCUGUGGGCCAAAUAUCUUUAUUUUUGGUCUGUUGGACCUCAGCAUAUAAUGAUGUUGGAGAAGAAAUCAACGAGACAGUCAUCUGCACCAAGGACUUAAUAGAAGUGGAAAUCCCUAGUGUAUUUUUCCUGACAAAGAUCCCUCCAAUAUUAAUCACUGAUUUGCACCUUAAUGAUCCAGAAUGUCGCGGCAGAGAAAUAGAAGACUCCUAUGUUUUCAGUAUUCAGACUAAUUUCACAGAAUGUGGAACUAUAACGGCCUCAGAUGAUUCGCACAUUGUGUUCUUCAACACCAUACACAGCAAUUCGUCAGAUGUGGUCACCAGGUCAUAUAUCAACAUCACUUUCGCCUGUCGGUAUCCAAUUAAUUACAUGGUGCGGCAACCAAAUGGGGAAAGCAGAAUCAGUGUUGAUAUCCGUACAAUAACACUGAGUACAGAAGACGGGAACUUCUCUGUGUCCAUGAUGUUAUACAAAGACAAGGGUUUUCAAGAUAUGUGGACCACGGUACCAUCACUUAAACUUGAAGAUAACAUAUUUGUCAGAGUUCACAUGAUUCCAGGUCAUUUGAUAAUACGUUUGGAGAAAUGCUGGGCUACUCCUACAAAUGACCCUUCUCAUCCUGUGCAAUAUACCUUUAUACAAGACAGCUGCUCCCAUGUAUUCUUGGAUGAAACCCUGUCUAUUAUAAUGAAUGGAGUUAGUGCAGAAGCAAUGUUUAGGAUCCAGAUGUUCAAGUUUGUGGGACUCGCUUACAACAAUGUCUUCCUGCACUGCACAGUCCAGAUUUGCCAUAACACCGAAAACAUCUGUAAGCCAAAUUGUACUACUCACAGGAGAAUAAACAGAAACAGGAGAGAUUUACCUGCUGCUCAUACAGUGACCUAUGGCCCAAUCGAACUAAAGAUAUCAGACGACGGAGGUCCUGAAACAGGUAAAAUGAAAUUUGUAUCGGUGGAGACGUUAAUCAUCACCAGCGUCCUGGCUGUGGUAUUCUUGAUCAUUGGAGUAUUUGGGAAACUCAUGCUAAAUUCUCGCAGAUCGUAUCCAGCCACGCAACCACAGUUAACACUCGCCAACAUCCACUCUGAAGUGGCGUCGUGAUGAAACAAAUUCACUAUUAAAAUUCGAUAUAUUUCUAACAAAGGUUCUAAUUCAUGUUGUUUUGGGAAACUUUACCUAAAAUGCAAGUUUAAUGUCUACAAAUUGUUAAUUACAAUAUUAUCAGAUCUAUACUUAACAUAUAAAUAUCCCAAAGUUGGAAGUUUAAUAUAUUCAGCAUUUGCUCAAAUAUAAAAUGACCCUGAUUCUAAAGCAAUCCACCAAAUAUGAAUCAUCAUAAAAGAAAAUGUACUUAGUAGACAAUGUUUAGAAAUAAACUAAAAUCAUUAAUAAUUCAAUGUAUCUGGGCUAUCAAAGUAUCCCGGAUUAGAAUUUAGAAAAAGAAACAGCAAUUUGAUAUUCUAACAGUUUAACUUGUCAAGGUAUGUAAUAUUUUAACACAAAUAUUAUUAUUAUAAUUCUGCUAAAUAUCUGUAAAAUAUGCAUUUUACUUUUUAAAGUUUCUGAAGUACCGUAUAUACUGGAAUAUCAGCAA